AUGGCGGACCGUUUCCCUUCAUUAGAUGAGAUUGACGCUGGUCACACCGAGGCGCGUGGCCCAGCUACCGACUUCGAGCUUGUUGGCGACUCGAAUGACACGGACGACUUCCUCUCACGUGAGCGCGCUCUUCUCGGCGACGAUGCCGACCAGUUCGCUUCGGAAAACGACAAGCUGGCAACAGUCGAAGAUGGAGACGACGACCUGCUAGGCGGAGACUUCAGCCAAGCCAACGUUGGCGGCCAAGAGAUGGACGGCUUCGAGAGCUCCUUCCCCGCGAUCGAUACUACAAACGACCACAUGGCACCUGGCGGCACCAUCACAGGAUCGUCCCUGCCCUUCCUUCCCGGCCAGCCCGCACCCUCAUUCACUCCUCAGCGAUCAGACUCCCCCGAGCCUGAUGUCAUUCGGGAAUGGCGCGAACGCCGCGACCUCCAGAUUCAGCAUCGCGACGAAGUCUCCCACGAGCGCAAGCAGCGGACUAUCCAGGAGGCGCAGCAGAACAUUGACGACUUCUACGAGAACUACAACAACAAGAAAGAGAAGGAGAUUGCCAAGACACGGAAAGAGGCGGAGGAGUUCCUCGCCAACCGUGAUGAUACUACUGCGGGCGGAACAAGCUGGGAGCGCAUUGCCAAGCUGGUAGACUUGAGCGGAAAGGGCACCAAGGGCGGCGCUUCAGGGAGCGAGAAGGCACGCUUCCGAGAGCUGUUGCUCAGCUUGAAGAAGGACGAGAAGGCACCCGGUGCUACAGGCUACUAAGCAGGACUGCGUUGGGCAGAAGCUUGAUUUUGGGUGACUAGAUCAGCGUAUGGUCUCGUCCCGGACUGAAUGCAUGGUCAUGAUCUGGAGUUACAGGCUAGGUUGCAAUUUACUUCAAGCAACUGUGUUAAUAUGAUUCAGUGAUGAGCGGUUCAGCAUCA